AUUAUUUGCAAUUUAUAUGAGCACUACAAAAUUUGUGAGGCCGAAAUGGAGAAAGAUUUUGAUAUUUUUCGUUGCUAGAAAGGAGAGAAAAAGAGAAAGAAUGAAGAAGUGAGUUAUGUUAUGCAAUGGACCAAAUGUUGCUCACAACAAGCAGGACUUCUCACCUCCCAUUACCUUCUAUGCUCCUCCCUCUCACAUGUCAAUCCCUCCACCAACCCAUUUCUUCCCCCAAACUCCAGUUAACCCAAUUCCCACACCAACCAAGCACUUGUCUCACUACUCCUCAUGACCACCCCACCAGCAUCCAACACACCCAGCAAAUCCAUGCCCACAUGAUCAAGACCCACUUUGAUAACAAUCACCAGAAUGUCCCUCUCACUCCCUUCCUAUCCCAUUUGAGCCCUGCAGCCCAGUACAACUUCUUGAUAACCUCUUAUAAUAAGAACAACUUCCCAGAAUCUUCUCUGCAAAUAUAUGCUCACUUGCGUAGAAUUGACUUCCAAGUUGACAACUUUACCAUUCCUUCAGUCCUCAAAGCUUGCGGGCAAUGCUCGUGGGUGGUGUUAGGAAAAGAGAUACACGGUUUUGUGUUGAAGAAUGGAUUGGAUGGUGAUGUUUUUGUACAUAAUUCGCUGAUGCAAAUGUAUAGUGAAUGCGGUAGUGUGGUUUCAGCUCGUUUGGUGUUUGAUCUAAUGGCCGAGAGAGAUUCUGUUUCUUGGAGUACAAUGAUUAGGAGCUACGUUCGAAAUAGAUUGUUAACAGAAGCUUUGGAAGUUGUAAGGGAAAUGCAUAUUAUGCAUGUAAAGCCUAGUGAGGUUGCUAUGCUUAGCAUGGUUAGUCUCUUCUCAGACCUGGCUGACACAAGAACGGGGAAAGCAAUGCAUGGUUAUGUGAUAAGGAAUAGCAAUUAUGAUAGACUCAGAAUCCCUAUUACAACUGCUUUAAUAGAUAUGCAUGCCAAGUGUGGGAAUUUAUCUUCUGCCAAGAGGCUCUUCAAUGGGCUGCCUCAGAAAAACGUUGUUUCUUGGACAGCCAUGAUAGCAGGAUGCAUUCGUUGCAACAAAUUAGAAGAGGGCACUAAACUUUUCAACAAAAUGCUGGAGGGUAGAAUUUUUCCCAACGAGAUUACAGUUUUUAGUUUGAUUAUAGAGUGUGGGUUUGUACGUGCUCUGGAAUUGGGGAAGUGGCUGCAUUCUUAUACUUUGAGAAAUGGGUUUGUCAUGACUUUGUCUUUGGCCACUGCUCUAGUUGAUAUGUAUGGAAAAUGUGGUGAUACUAGAAGUGCAAGAUCCAUUUUUGAUGGCUGGGAUAACAAAGAUGUCAUGAUUUGGAGUGCCAUGAUCUCAGCUUAUGCACAAGCCAAUUGCACUAAUGAGGCUUCUGACCUCUUCGCCCAGAUGGUAGAUAGAGGAGUGAAGCCAAAUCAAGUAACAAUGGUUAGCCUUAUUUCACUUUGUGCAGAGGUCGGAGCACUUGACUUGGGCAAGUGGAUUCAUUUGUACAUAAACCAGCAAGGUGUGGACGUUGAUUUGAUACUAAAAACAUCUUUGGUAGACAUGUAUGCUAAGUGUGGGGACAUUGAUGGUUCUUACAGGCUGUUCAGUGAAGCCAAAGACCGAGACAUCUGUUUGUGGAAUGCUAUGAUAACUGGAUUUUCUAUGCACGGUUUUGGAAAAGAAGCUCUGGAACUCUUUGAAGAAAUGGAGAGACUUGGUGUUGAACCUAAUGACAUCACAUUUAUUGGGGUUUUUCAUGCUUGUAGCCAUGCAGGAUUAGUGGCAGAAGGGAAGAGGCUUUUUGACAGGAUGGUUGGUAGCUAUGGCUUGGUUCCAAAAAUUGAGCACUACGGGUGCAUGGUGGAUCUUCUUGGUAGAGCUGGAAGGCUUGAGGAGGCUCAUGAAUUUAUUAAAACCAUGCCAAUGCAGCCAAAUACGAUUAUAUGGGGUGCUCUCCUCUCUGCAUGCAGGCUCUAUAAACAUCCAGACUUGGGGGAAGUGGCAGCAAAAGAACUCCUUGAGUUGGAACCUCAAAAUUGUGGUUAUAACAUUCUGAUGUCAAACAUCUAUGCUGCAGCCAAUAGAUGGAAUGAUGUUGCUGGAGUGAGAAAGACUAUGAAAGACAAAGGGAUCAAGAAACAACCUGGUCUAAGCUCAAUUGAAGUAAAUGGCUCAGUACAUGACUUUGUAACGGGAGAUAGGGCACACCCACAAACAGGGAAAAUUUAUGAAAUGCUGGCUGAGAUGACCAUGAAGCUGAAAGAAGCUGGUUACACUCCUGACACAUCUGUUGUGCUGCAGAACAUAGACGAGGAAGAGAAAGAAACCUCACUAAACUACCAUAGUGAGAAAUUGGCUAUGGCAUUUGGUCUUAUCCAUACGGCUGCCGGUACCCCAAUUCGGAUCGUGAAGAAUCUCCGAGUUUGUGAUGACUGCCACUCCGCAACCAAGCUGCUAUCAAAAAUUUAUGGGAGGGUUAUAGUUGUAAGGGACCGUAACCGCUUUCAUCACUUCAGGGAAGGAUCUUGUUCUUGUGGUGAUUAUUGGUAGCUUUCCAAUUUUUUCUUUGUAAUUAAAACGUAAACAUUAAGAGAGUAUGUAUAUAAAAUUAAAAGAAUUCAUUUGUGGUUU